GCCCAGCAGCUGAAGCUACAAGGGCUGGUACAAAGCCUCAAAUGAGGCCAGGUGCUCCCAACUCCUGAACAUCAGGAAUGGCCUCCCGCUGGGCCAUGCAGCUACUGCUCUUUGCAGCCUGGAGUGUGGGCUGUGGUGAGGCCUUCAAGUGCUACUCCUGUGACCGGCCCACACCUAUUCAUUUAUGCAAGAACAUCACUUUCUGCAAGCUGGAGGACACAGCCUGCAAGACCACCCUGGAGAAGGUGGAGUCAGAGUACCCUUUCAAUCAGAUUCCCAUGGUGACCCGCUCCUGCUCCAGCUCCUGCCUGGCUACUGACCCUGACAGCAUUGGGACUGCCCAUCCUGUCUUCUGCUGCUUCCGUGACCUCUGCAACACAGGGGAGCCACUUGGGUUCUAGCUACUCUGAGGGCCAUGCUCCUCGGACAUCUCUUUUGACAAGGCCUGGCACAGCCUGUGGUCAUCUCUGUCUGCCUCUGUAAUUGGAUCUCAUUGGACCUCAGGCCACUUACUCUGCCCCUAAGCUUGUAGAAAAUAAACAAACCAUGGAUGGAGACAA